ACCUCCACCCAGCUGUGUGUCCUUAAAGACUGACGACUCUAAUGAACGUUUCAUUAAUUUUAAAGUCCAGCAGGCAUCUGCUGCAGAGAGGACUGGAUUUUAUAUUCCUGACGGAAACUUGGCUUCGACCCAAGUGGGCCAGAACAGCUCAGAGUUUCCCUGUGGUCAGUCUGCCCAGCAGCAUGAAACACAACUGGACUCCAUAUUUAUGCUGCUGGAGGACAAUAUCAUCCUUUUUGUAAAGAAUGAGCUGAAGAAGAUCCAGAAGGUUCUGAGUCCAGAUUACCCAGAAUGCGUAGAGAAUAAGAUUGUGAAUGAGGAGGUUUUGAAGGGUGAGGAUGAUGAGCAGCAGAGCAGCAGAGAAGCAUUUGUGAAGAUCACAUUGCACUUCCUAAGGAAACUGAAGCAGGAGGAGCUGGCCGACCGUCUGCAGAGCAAACAUGUUGCAGCAAUUUGUAAGUGUAAACUUAAAACGAAGUUGAAGAAGAAGUUCCAGUGUGUGUUUGAGGGGAUCGCUAAAGAAGGAAACCCAACCCUUCUGAAUCAGAUCUACACAGAGCUCUACAUCACAGAGGGAGGAACUGCAGAGGUCAAUGAUGAACAUGAGGUCAGAAAGACUGAAACAGCAUCCUGGAAACCAGAUAGACCAGAAACAACAAUCAGACAAGAAGACAUCUUUAAAGCCCAACCUGGAAGAGAUGAACCAAUCAGAACAGUGCUGACAAAGGGAGUGGCUGGCAUUGGGAAAACAGUCUUAACAAAGAAAUACACCCUCGACUGGGCUGAAGACAAAGCCGACCAGGACAUCCAGUUCAUAUUUCCAUUCCCUUUCAGGGAAAUGAAUAUACUAAAAGAGAAAAAGUUCAGCCUGGUGGAACUUGUUCAUCACUUCUUUACUGAAACCAAAGAAGCAGGAAUCUGCAGCUUUGAAGACUUCCAGGUUGUGUUCAUUUUUGAUGGUCUAGAUGAGUGUCAACUUCCUCUGGACUUCCACAAAACUGAAAUCCUAACUGACCCUAGAAAGUCCACCUCAGUGGAUGUGCUACUGACCAACCUCAUCAGGGGGAAACUGCUUCCCUCUGCUCACCUCUGGAUAACCACACGGCCUGCAGCAGCCAGUCAGAUCCCUCCUGACUGUGUUGACAUGGUGACAGAGGUCAGAGGGUUCACUGACCCACAGAAGGAGGAGUACUUCAUGAAGAGAUUCAGAGAUAAGGAGCAGGCCAGCAGGAUCAUCUCCCACAUCAAGAUUUCACGAAGCCUCCACAUCAUGUGCCACAUCCCAGUCUUCUGCUGGAUCACAGCUACAGUUCUGGAGGAUGUGCUGAAAACCAGAGAGGGAGGACAGCUACCCAAGACCCUGACUGAGAUGUACAUCCACUUCCUGGUGGUUCAGGCCAAAGUGACGAAGGUCAAGUAUGAUGGAGGAGCUGAGACAGAUCCACACUGGAGUCCAGAGAGCAGGAAGAUGAUUAAGUCUCUGGGAAAACUGGCUUUUGAUCAGCUGCAGAAAGGAAACCUGAUCUUCUAUGAAUCAGACCUGACAGAGUGUGACAUCGAUAUCAGAGCAGUCUCAGUGUACUCAGGAGUGUUCACACAGAUCUUUAAAGAGAAGAGAGGACUGUACCAGGACAAGGUGUUCUGCUUCAUCCAUCUGAGUGUUCAGGAGUUUCUGGCUGCUCUUCAUGUCCAUCUGACCUUCAUCAACUCUGGAUCUUUCUUUUUUAAAAAGAAAAGUAGUAUAAAGUAUCUCCACCAGAGUGCUGUGAACAAGGCCUUACAGAGCCCAAAUGGACACCUGGACUUGUUCCUCCGUUUCCUUCUGGGUCUUUCAUUGCAGACCAAUCAGGCUCUCCUACGAGGUCUGCUGACACAGACAGGAAGUAUCUCACAGACCAGUCACGAAACAGUCGAGUACAUCAAGAAGAAGCUCAGUGAGAAUCUGUCUGCAGAGAAAAGCAUCAAUCUGUUCCACUGUCUGAAUGAACUGAACGAUUAUUCGCUAGUGAAGGAGAUCCAACAGUUCCUGAGUUCAGGAAGUCUCUCCACAGAUAAACUGUCUCCUGCUCAGUGGUCAGCUAUGGUCUUCAUCUUACUGUCAUCAGAAAAAGAUCUGGAUGUGUUUGACCUGACAAAAUACUCUGUUUCAGAGGAGGCUUUUCUGAGGCUGCUGCCAGUGGUCAAAACUUCCAACAAAGCUCUACUGAGUGGCUGUAACCUCUCAAAGAAAAGCUGUGAAGCUCUUUCCUCAAUUCUCAACUCCCAGUCCUCUAGUCUGAAAGAGUUGGACCUAAGUAACAACGACCUGCAGGAUUCAAGAGUGAAGUUUCCAUACUCUAAACUGACAACUCUCCGACUGAGUCACUGUAACCUUGCAGAGACAGCCUGUGAAGCUCUCUCCUCAGUUCUUAGCAUGCGGUUCUCUAGUUUGAGAGAGCUGGACCUGAGUAACAACAACGUGAAGGAUUUGGGAUUGAAGCUUCUGUCUGAUGGUCUGGAGAAUCCAUACUGCAAACUUGAAACUCUCAGUCUGUCAGGCUGUUUGAUCACAGUGGAUGGAUGUGCUUCUCUGGAAUCUGCCCUGAGUUCUUCCCACUCCUACUUGAGAAAGUUGGACCUGAGCUACAAUCAUCCAGGAGACUUGGGAAUGAAGCUGUUGGUGCCUGAACAGAAGAAUCCAUCCUGGAAACUGGAAACUCUCAGGGUGGAGCCUGCUGGUGUCCGAUGGUUGAGACCAGAUCUGCAGUUUGAAGAUGACUGA